AUGGGAGGUAUUCUGGAAAAUUGGGCACUGAAUGAAAAAGUAAUGGCAAUUGUUACAGAUAAUGCGAACAAUGCAGUAAAAGCUGUUCAAUCUAUGUGCCAGGUGAAUGAGAAAACGAAUUUAACUUGCGCAGCUCAUACCCUUCAACUUUCAGUUAAAUCUUCCAUCUCUACUGAAUAUAUAAAAAAACUGAUUGAGAAGACUAGUAAGUUAGUUAGCCAUUUCAAACAUUCAAAUGUUGCGAAAUAUGGAUUGGGGGAGAAACAAAAACAGAUGGACUUACCAGUUCAAACACUUUUGCAAUCAUGCAAUACACGGUGGGACUCACUGUAUCUAAUGCUGCAACGAUUAAUUAACAACCGUAGUCCAAUCAUUCAAGUGAUGGCAGACCGAAAUUUAACGACAUCUGUAAUAGCUGAAAAGCUUGAAAUUAUAGAGCAGGAUUGGAAAUCCAUAGAAGAAUUAGUUAAAAUUCUGCGGCCUAUUCAUGCUCUAACUAAAAUUCUGAGUAGCGAAACCGCUAGUACAUCUAUGGUUGGGAUGCAAAAAAUUUUAGAGCAACAUAUGAUAGAAUCAGAAGAUGACUCUUUAACUAUAAAAUCAUUCAAAGAGGCAUUUUCAAAUGAUUUACGCAAAAGAUUUGACCUCACUUUAAUAAGUACACUGCAAAAUGGAGGGCAAGUAUCAACACGACAAAUAGCAUCUCUUUUAGAUCCUCGCUACAAGGAUCAAGAACACGAAAAUUUUGCUGAUAAAAUAUUCAUAAGGAAUCAUUUGAAGAAGAUACUUUUGGAAAGUGAACCACCAAUAAGGAAUGCUAAUGAAGCUAGCUCGUCAAUGACAAAUUCAGAUGGGGAGUUCAGGACUGAGUUGGAGUUGGAGGAGACCAUUCAUACGGAUUCCCAUCAAAUUUAA